AUGCCUGACUUUCCCGCCAUUGCCUCGCCGGCCCUCAAGCACAACGACGGUCCGGGCGAGUAUGACCACUUGGACCUCGACGCCGACUUUUCUACCCACGCCGCCGCUCCCCCGCCUCCCCCUCUUGUCACCCCCGCGCUCACGCCGCCGCACACGCCCUUGGCUCAUGGCCAUCGACACGACAGACUGCCACCGAGUGUGCCGCAUCGGCACAAUGAUGCUCUCGCGGACGAUGCAGCGGCUCCCAAGCUGCUCGAGGAGAUUCCCGAAGUGACUUGCGAGGUGCGCGCCAGGAUCCCCACGACGACGGGCCAGGAGAUGUUCCUGCAUCUGUACCACAACAAUGUCGACAACAAGGAGCACAUGGCUAUCGUGUUUGGCCCGCACAUUCGCAGCCGGACGCUGGACGCCCCCAGGCCCGGCGAAACGGAACGAGACCGCAUGAUCAGAGGCGCAUACACGGGCACGCUGUUUCCCGGCCGCACACACAGUAGACUCGACCAGAUCCGCAAGGACGCCGGCGUUUCCGUGCGGCCACUGUCGUCCGCUCCGCCCGAGGGCACUCCCAAGCCAUCCUCGACAGAAGUCUCGUCAGGAGAGUCAACAGCGCCAGAGGCAGAUCCAUGGGGUUACUCCUCCUAUCCGGCCAAUCUAGGCCCGCCGUUGGUGCGAAUCCAUUCCGAGUGCUACACAGGCGAGACUGUAUGGUCUGCGCGAUGCGAUUGCGGAGAACAACUAGACGAAGCGGCACGGCUCAUGUCGUUGCCUCCACCUACCGCGCCAAGCACCCCUACCACAGAAGAGCCACCUGCCCGUCUACCGUCUUCAGGAGGAGUAAUUGUGUACCUGCGGCAAGAAGGGCGGGGCAUUGGACUUCUUGCGAAGCUGCAAGCGUAUAAUCUACAAGAUCUUGGACACGACACAAUGGAAGCCAACAUCUUGUUGCGACACCCAGGCGACGCGCGAUCCUACGGGCUUGCGACAGCAAUACUGUUAGAUCUUGGACUCGGUGGUGACCGGGGAAUUCGGCUGCUUACAAACAACCCGGAGAAGAUCCGAGCGGUCGAAGGACCAAAUAGGGAGGUGCGAGUGGUAGAGCGCGUGCCUAUGAUACCAAUAGCAUGGAAAACGGGCGGCAAAGAAGGCAUCAACAGUCCCGAGGUUGAAAAAUAUAUUUCGACCAAGAUCGAGAAGUUCAAACAUAUGUUCUCGAGCUAA